AUGGCAACAACUAUAUUUACAAACACAUAUAAAAGAAGCCAUUCAUUGGUAGAUGCGGUUCGCUGGCACCACGGCAGUAAUUCCACCAUGUCGGCGGAGUCGCCGCGCCACGCCCGUUCCGGAGGGCCACUGAUUGUCCCCUCUCAACCACCCAGUGAUCGGAGCAUUAUUGAUGCCGUCUCAGGCUUCAUCAAUGAUGUUACACUCUCAUCAUCAUCAGCUGUUGACCCCAAGGAUGUGAUUCAGUGGGCUAGGUUUGAAACAGCUGAUAUAAAUGAGCCUACACCAGAAGGAGACAGCGAUAAUGAUGUACCUCCAUUGCUCUUAAUCUUGGGUUAUGGUUCCGGAGUGCAAGUGUGGCUGAUACCACCAAACGGAGAAGCUCAAGAGGUGCUGUCUUGGCGGCAGGGGACAGUCAGGGUGCUCCGCAUAUUGCCUACGCCGCAAAAUGGAGACUGUUUUGCAUCAAAGAGACCCCUUAUUGCUUUGUGUGACUCCGCAAGUCCUGGGCCGCCAUUUUGUUCGCUCAGUUUUAUUUCGAUUAGAGGUGGUGAACAGGUGAAAAGCAUAAAAUUCAAGAACCCCAUCCUGGAUGUGCUAGCGAACAAACGGUCAGUGGUGGUGUCUUUCUCUGAACGUUUUGCGGUAUUCGACGCCGCUACUUUGGAGGAUCGCCUCGCCGUUACAACUUGCUACCCUUGCCCCUGUCCUUUGGGUGGUAACUCUCCUGUCAAUCCCCUGGCACUUGGCGAUCGCUGGCUGGCUUACGCCGACAAAAAGCUAAACCCGUCCAAACGGAGCAGUGGAGGCUGCGAAAGUGAAGGUGUUACGAGUUAUACAGCCACAGUGCUCCAUGCAGCCAAGUCUCUAAGCAAGGGGCUGCGUGGACUCGGCGAGAGUGUAGCUCACAGCCUAGCCGGUGGUCGAAGUACCUCACAGUCACCCUCGCCCCCGCAUACGGAUAUUCAGCAGCCGGGUAUCAUCACUAUUCUUGAUAUUGAGGGCAGCGAGGAUGAAGACAGCCAGGAUUGUGAGGACCCCUGCGACCCAAUAGUGGCCCAUUUUGUAGCUCACUCCGAGGCCAUCAUCGCUCUCAAGUUCGACCCCAGCGGGAUGCUGCUAAUCACGGCAGAUAGGCGGGGACAUGACUUCCACGUGUUCAGGAUCAACCCACAUCCAUGUGGCCCGACUCUGGCUUCUGUGCACCAUUUGUAUGUGUUGCAUAGGGGCGAUACGACGGCUAAAGUGCAAGAUAUAGCGAUAUCGGGAGACUCCCGUUGGACAGCCAUAUCGACGCUGCGCGGUACAACACACGUGUUCGCUUUGAGUCCGUACGGCGGCGCAUGCGCAGUGCGUACGCACACGUCGCCGCGUGUCGUUAAUCGUUUGUCUCGGUUCCAUCGUUCAGCGGGUUUGCCUAUACACGCCUCUCACACUGUCAUGGAGGGUUCAGUGAGCGGUUCCUGGUACCCGAACCCUCGUUUGCCGCCGUACCCACUGCCAACCACAUCCACCCCACUGGCUCAGCUACGUCCGACGCACAAUCUUCCCACCCACACCAUCACACGUACUAGCUCCGGUCGUCAGCGAUUAUCGUCACUGUCUGAAGAUAGUGGCGCUGCUCCUCUUUUGGGUAGGGCCUGGUUUGGCACAACACUUCCCUCGUCAAGCGGCCGCGGGUGUGCAGUCCCCCUUUACUUGAUGGCUGCUAACGGGUCUCUGUUGCACCUGGUGCUACAUCCAAGACCAUCCAGAUCUGUUCCAAAAGAGAAGAUCAGUGACGAGUCGCCAAUAGAGCUGGAAGUGGAGCCAAUGGCGCAGUGGAUGCUGCAGCGGCCCGCUGCUGCUGCGGAUCUGCUGGCGCCUCUUCCACCUUCGAACCCGUUGCUCCAACCACUUAGCUGUCGGCGUUGUGCGGAUAUGUGCAUGAGUGAGGAGGAGCGCUGGCUGUCCCAAGUGGAGAUAGUAACGCACGCUGGACCUCAUCGGCGUCUGUGGAUGGGUCCGCAAUUCGUGUUCAAGACUUACAAUUGCGGAUCAAAUUCGUCGUUGUCAGAAGCUGAAGCCGUAGAGGUAGAUACCAGCGCCGGCGCAGGCGCAGCGCGGUCUAACCCCGUGAAUAUGCCUGGCGUCCGGCCCAUAGUGCCUGUGCUCAUAGAAUCUGGUUCAGCUAGUUCGUUGGAGCAUUCUCCUUCAGAUAGUUUUCGCCGCAAGUCCCUGUUAGCAGACGGGGGCAGAGCUUCGGUCUGUGAUGUUCAACUCAAAGAGGACCUGGCGGAAGCUAUGAAGGAGGAUCAUGGGUUGGUGCGUGCGGAGAGGUCAGAGCGCGAGGUGCAGCGCGGCAGCCCUGGUGUGCGAGUGGUGCGCGCCGUAGACCCCCUGGGCACGGUGGUGGCGCCCCCCGUGUCACAGUCGCCGGAACCUGAUGACCCUGAUACUUACACGCGCUCUAACGACGACGAGGCAACCUUCCGACCGGUUGUACGAGCCCCAGCUGUGACUCCCCCCACGAUGCUGGUAAAGCCGUUACCUCUUACCACCACUAUACCGGUGGAAACCAUUUCGCCUCUGGGGAUAUCGCCGGAUGAAGAACUGCUCCCGCUCAAAACGGACGUCGUCAUCCCCGCCCAGCUUACCUCUGUACCGGCCUGGCUGCCACAACAAACGGAACGACCACCAGCCGCUCGCUCCUCCCCGAGUGAUCCCAAACUUACAGUGUGUUCUGAAGAAAAACGGCCGCAUCUAAAUAAUUUAGCAACUGUAGAUAGCCCCAAGUUAGAUGAAAAAAAUACUCAUGAAGAUCUCGAAAUUAUGCAAGCGAGAAGGAAUGAUAGCAUGUGUGAGAGGAAUUCGACUAGAGUCGAGUUGGAAAGCAAAGAUGUAAACAUAUCACUGCCAAAAUUAAAUCGUACGUCGGGUGAUAUUCAGUCGACUAAUCGAACUAGAAUUAAGAAAUCUCCCACCUCAAAAACUUUUAGUGAUAGAAUAACUAGCGAUAGUGGUAAAGAUAAGCGAUCAUCAGAAAAUAAAUUGGCAAUAAAUAAAGAUAAAGUAAGUUCGGAUAGAUCACCUAAAGAUGACUCAAUGCGUAAAACACAGAAGUCAGAAAUUACAUUAAAAGCAACUGAAAAUUUUUUUGAUGAAAAAAUAUCGUAUUCGGCCCUAGACUCCGAUAUUAAAACUAGUAACAUUGGUAGCGCUAAAUUGGACCUUAACGAGUUUGAGUCAAAGUAUGAAAAAUCUUCAUUAUUAUUUAAUCCUGUUAAAGAUAAUAUUCGAACAAAAUCUCUCGUAAAAGAACCCGAAGCCAAAAUACCUGAAAAUAUUGAAAAUGAGAUCAAAACUGAAGAGCAGGCUUGGGAUAUGCUUUUGACUGAGUCUAAAAAAGAGAAACCUGCAGAUCCCCCAAGUAUGUUAGUAGAAAAACAAGAAGAAGUUAAGGCAAAAGCUAAAAAAGGAAAGAAAAUAAAGAAAAUGCCCGAAGAGCAGCAGUCAAGUAAAGAAGAUGACGAUAGUUUUGUUGAAAUACAUGCGAUUGAAGAAAAACAACAACCUUCUAGUGGUGAACUUGUAUCGAUAUCGACAACAUUUGACGACUUUGAGCCCUCAACAUCUAGGAAACCACGUUCUUCUAAAAGUUUUACGCCAGAACGGAAAUUUAGCAAUGCGGAUGAUGUAAUGAAACUUUCUGAUCACGUCGCAACUAAAUCUAAAAAUAAAUCAAUUAAAACAGAUGGAUUAUUGGACUUGGAAUCACAGUUUACAGCGACACCAAAGCAAAGUAAACAACUUUCUUACUUUGAUUCCAUUAUAGAAAUUCCCUCAUCAACAUUAGCAGUGAAAGAAAAAUCUAAAACACCGAAAAGCAAGUCUCCCUCACCAAAUCUUGAUAAAAGACGAUCAAUAGAAAAAACUGAUGAUGUGGGUAAAGAAGUGUAUGUUAUCGACUCUAUCGAGGAUGAUUUUCCAGAGAUCCAGAUUACACAGGCGAGUAAGGCGCGUAAACGGUCACCCCAACCCUCUGAAAAAAUUAAUCACGACAACACUACAAUGGAAAUGGAGAAACCCGUCAAAUCUUGGAGCUCCAUAGCGGCUAAGAAAGUUGAAGAUAAGAAAACAAAAGCAGAUUCUAUCAAAACAAUUGAAUACCGCGAUACCGAUAAAGACGUACCGUCCGUAUCUCUGCAACAAAAGUUAGCGGAAUUGUGCAAAAGAACAGAUAUAAUGGUCGCCGAGUGUGAUGCUCCGUCAGAACUUAAUUUUGUCGACGAACAUCAUUCCCCCCCAGAUUUCCCCCCUUUGGAGUCGAUGGACUUUGCCUUAGACGAUUUCAAAUUAGACGUGAUGCGAGACAGCCUCUUGGACGUCAAUGAUCCAAAAAUAUCGAGCCCUAUAUGCAAAAUCAACAUAGACGAAAUACUAUCAUCGAUGAAAGACAUAAAGAAAGAAUCGACUUCCUUUAACCUUAUCGAUGUAGAAAAGGUGCCAGCGAGAAGGGAGAAAGGAUUCAAUAUUUUAGAGACGGAUAAAAUAACUUCACAGGAAGUACAAGCAGAUGACGAUAUUAAGGCGGAGAAAUACAAUGAUUUUGAGAAAUCUUCAGAUGAGGACGGCACACCUGUGUUGUCGACUGAUAGCGACAAAGAUGACAAAAAGGCAGGCACGGCCAGUGUGGCAAUACCGUCUCCAAAGCAAUCUAAGGCGAAAAAAUCCCGUAGAAAGAAGAAGUAA